AUGACAAGGGAUACUGAGGCCAACUCCUCGCAAGAGCAUGAUAUAGUCAGGCCUCUCAAGUCAUGGAAAGGCUACAUUUGGGACACAUGGGAACUACCCAGCGACCAGCGUUGGCUAUUGUUUAAGCUUGACGCGUUCGUGCUAACAUUUGCAUCUAUUGGUUAUUUUCUCAAAAACCUGGACCUUCAAAAUGUCACAAAUGCAUACCUUAGUGGCAUGGAGGAGGAUCUGGAGAUGUUUGGCAACCAACUGGUGACAAGUACCUCUAUUUUCACAGUCGGCUAUGUUAUUGGUCAGAUCCCCGCGAACUUACUGUUGACUCGCAUUUCGCCUCGCUGGGUGAUUCCGUCGCUCGAGAUUGGUUGGGGAAUUGCAACUAUGUGCAUGUCAAGUGUAAAGUCAUACAAAGCUCUCUAUGCGCUUCGAUUUCUGGUAGGCCUUUUUGAAUCUGGGUUCUACCCCGGCAUCCAUUACCUUCUCGGCUCAUGGUACACACCACAAGAGAUUGGCAAGCGCGCAAUGAUAUUCUGGCUUGCCGGCCAUAUUGGGACUUUAUUCAGUGGUUUUCUUCAAGCAGCUGCUUACACGAACUUGAACGGUGUGGAUGGCCGGGCUGGCUGGCGAUGGCUGUUCAUCAUUGAUGGCAUCAUCACGCUACCGCUCGCCCUGACCGGCUAUCUCUUCUUCCCUAAUCUUCCACAAAGUGGCAAGAAAACUUGGUGGAUAACUAACGAGGAACAUACCCUCUCUGUCAAUCGAAUGCAGGCGAUUGGGCGUGCUGGAAAGGAGCCUUGGAGUAUGGCUAAGUUGAAAAGAAUCUUGUACAGCUGGCACACAUAUCUACUCCCCAUGAUAUACAUUCUGUGGAACAAUGGAUACCCACAGGUUGGUAUGGGUUACUGGCUGAAAAGCUUCAAUGCAGACCCUCCUCCUGUCCCGGGCAAGUCAUACACGGUGGCUGACAUUAACAACUUACCAUUGGUCACGACUGGUAUCUCUAUCUUCGUGUGCUUUAUUUGGGGUUUGCUCUCUGAUGGUCCCUGUCGGGGAUCACGCUGGCCCUUUAUCCAUAUCGGUGCCGUUAUCACGCUCGUUAUGUGUGUUCUACUGCGCCAGAUGCCUCUCUAUACCAACAUCCCUGGGCGCAUGGCCGUAUAUUGGCUCAGUAAUAUCGGAGUUGGUGCUGGUCCACUUAUCCUGAGCUGGAUUAACGAAAUCUGCUCAGCUGACACGGAGAAAAGAGCUUUGAUUGUCGCCAUGGCUAAUGAUCUUGCCUAUGUUGUUCAGGCAGUGGCACCAAACUUUGUGUGGAAAACCACGGAUUUUCCAGCAGCCAAGAAAGGCUAUCUUUGGUCCAUCAUAUUGCAGAUCUUACUCAUGGUCGUUACUGCCACAGUUCAAUUCCUGCUUUGGUGGGAUAGGAAGAGGGAAACUCAAAGCCACGAGGCGGUAGAGCCGAUUGCGGAUUCUGAUGCCGACUCAGGUCCAGCAAGCUCUAAAUAUGGCUCAGUGGAUGCGAAGAAAACUCCCCAAACUCAAAUCACACACGUAAGCUCGAUGUAG